GAGUCCAUCGUCCCAACACCCCCUCCUUCCGCCCUCUCCACUCGCAGAAACGGAAUUAAAAAAUCUUUAAUAUCUUUCCAGCAACGAGCCUCCAUUGCUGCAGAGCGGGGCACGCACGCGCUCACGCGCUCACACGCACGCGCGCGCACACACAGCGGGUCGUUUUUUUCAAACGUCGCCUCGAAAAGAAGACAAGCGAGGCUGUACAAUUAAGAGCAGCUGCCGUGGACUCAGAUCCUCCGACAGAAAGGGGAGAGAGGGGCCAACUUGAAUGUAGUGAACGUUCGCCGCUGCUGACAGCGGCAUCGUGACAACACCGUGGAUCUGUGCGAGUCGCUCUCCUGAUUGUGUAAUUCUUUUCCUCCUGCAAAGCGGCAUAACCUGCGUCUGAGAGGAGAGAAAGGACAAGGAGAAGAAGCAGGCGAAGAAGAAGAGAAGGGGGAGGAGGGGAAAACGGGAGCAUUGCAACAUCCAUCAAAUUUUAUUUCUUCUCGUAUUACAUGGCGCAAGGGCUAAAGAAGCGGGACCGUCCUGGGUGUGAUACUGCCUCGGUGAAUCUGGAUAUUCAGGCAGCAGUAUCAUCCUCCAUCCACGGCACAACAAGCAUCCUCAGCUGCGGAGGCGCCCGCACCGACUGUUCGUCCUCUUCCUGCCGGCUACAUGUCGAGUGAUGGUCGACUCGUCCUGCUGGAUGCUCCCCGCUCUCUCCGGAUCGUCGACGACCGAACCUCCUCUGACCGCAGACCCCCAUUUUCGGCGGAAACCCUCCCAGAGCUAUAGGGCUACAUAUGGAAACUGGGGAUCAAAAUUUUAGGAAAAAGGAAAAUCAAAGCGUUUGAUUUCAUUUCUUUAGGUUGAAAUAGGUUUCUGUCUGUUGCUUUUUCUUCUCUCUGCGUUCAAGCCUGCAUAUUAAUUCAUUUAAUCCUUGAACCUUGAUUUCCUCAUUCUCCACACGAUAGGUCGCUUUAAAACACCAAGAGAAUUGUUUUAAUUUCCUCUCAACUGGAUUCAAACCCUCCACUCAUUUACUUCUGUUUUCAGUGAUAUGAUAGAUUCCCAUGCUGCCCGUCACCUUCCUCGCCACUUUAUUAACCCCCUGCUUUUUGGUCUCUUGACUGACAAGACCCACUAGAAUUAUAAUAUUAAUAAUACUAGUUUUAGCUUUAAUUCUGAAUUCUUACUAGUGAUGUUGUAGGCUCCGCAGACGUAACAGUAACUCAUUGUGACAGAUGAAUUGAACUGUUGUACUUUAAGCUCGUCAUUACUUUAACACCACCAACCGCCACUUUGCUCGAUUGAGCUCAUUUUAACACAGCUCUUGUCAUAACCUUUACAAGUCAGGUCUCGUGGUGAAUAUCACACAUGUUUAGGCUCACAGGCUUUAGGAUAGAAUAUAACCUUUAAAGUUUCACCUUUAUAGCUCUGUUUUUGCUGCAAGAGGCUGAAGCGUGGACUCCAUCUGCAGCCACAGGCCUGUGGAGGUGCCAUCAGCCUCUGCACACCUUCUUUUUCAUCUGCUUGGGGUGUAUAAGUAAGAAUAAGCAGAGAAGAGAGACCUCAGUGCCUCGUCUUCAUCGCCCCCACGUACAAUCCCCAGUUUUUCUCUUGUUGUGGUUCUCACCCAAACGCAACCAUAAGGUUCCUACCGCAUCCUCCUCCUCCUUCUUCCCUCUCCUUCCGCUCCAGUAUAUCCCGUUUUUUCGGUUUGAUUUGGUCCCGCAAAUUUUCAAAUAUUUACUUCCUGUACAUCAAGAGGAAAGGGGGUCCCCCUUUCAUGGAAUGCGGAAACAUGGGUCUGUUCGACCGCGGAGUCCAGAUGCUGCUGACCACGGUGGGAGCCUUCGCGGCCUUCAGCCUCAUGACCAUCGCGGUCGGCACGGACUACUGGCUGUACUCCCGCGGUGUGUGCAGGACCAAGGCCAUGAGCGAGAACGAGACCAGCAAGAAGAACGAGGAAGUGAUGACCCACUCUGGCCUGUGGAGAACCUGCUGCUUGGAAGGAAACUUCAAAGGGAUGUGUAAACAGAUAGACCACUUUCCUGAGGAGACAGAUUAUGAAGCGGACCCAUCGGAGUACUUCUUACGUGCGGUGCGAGCCUCCAGCAUCUUCCCCAUCCUCAGCGUCAUCCUGCUCUUCAUGGGGGGCCUGUGUAUAGCUGCCAGUGAGUUCUACAAAUCACGCCACAACAUCAUCCUCAGCGCUGGGAUCUUCUUUGUGUCUGCAGGCCUGAGCAACAUCAUCGGGAUCAUCGUGUACAUAUCAGCCAAUGCGGGGGAUCCUUCAAAAAGCGACUCAAAGAAGAACAGCUACUCUUACGGCUGGUCCUUCUACUUUGGCGCCCUCUCCUUCAUCAUGGCUGAGAUGGUGGGCGUUUUGGCCGUCCACAUGUUCAUCGACCGCCAUCGACAGCUCCGAAUAGGGGCCCGAGCAGCCGACUACCUCCAAGGAUCGGCCAUAACGCGGAUCCCCAGCUACCGCUACCGCUACAGGCGCCGCUCACGCUCCUCCUCCCGCUCCACAGACCCGUCACACUCCCGGGAUGCCUCUCCGGUGGGCCUCAAGGGCUUCAGUGCACUGCCAUCCACAGAGAUCUCCAUGUACACCCUGCCCCGGGACACCCUCAAGUCCUCCGGCACGCCCACCGCCACCUACAACUCCGAGAGGGACCACAACUUCCUGCAAGUCCACAACUGCAUCCAGAAGGAGCUGAAAGACUCGAGCCACACCAACACAGCGAACCGGCGCACUACGCCGGUAUGAGGGAGCAGGCGCAGGCCAGGGCAGGCCAGCGGAGCAGAGACCAGGAGACACGGGAAGUCCUGUGGGUACCAGGCGGAUUUCCAUGUUUGUAGACAUUUGUUCUUUUUGUUCAGCUGCAUGACUUUUCUAUUACCGCUGUUGGGAGAGUUUCAACGGGUCUGCUGUGUUCCUGGACUUAAUGGCAGAAGAGGGAAUGGGUCAGAUGGUCCCGACGGGGUUGCGCAGGGUUCCUUCCUUGGGCGCUGACAGGGAGGGAGGGAGGGAGGGAGGACGGGGGGCAGCCAUUCAUGAGCUAAACAAUUGUUUUCAUGAUUUCAUAGCCAUCUAAUAGUUUUGUUGGAGCGACAGGCCAAGCGCCCCCUCAGCCAGCCCAGCGUUCAGACAGACACCUCUUAUUGACUCAUUUGCUCAUUUUUUGCAUUAAAACUGUGAAUUGUUACAGUUUGGGAUUCAGUACGAAUUAACCCACUCUGUAAUCUCUAACAAAGGUACUAUAUAUAUAUAAAUAUAUAUGUAUUACUUUUAUAAAUAAAUUAUUAUGUUAAUAAUCAUGAGUUAAACACUUUAACAAAGCAAAAAAGAAAAAAAUAACUUACCUAAACCAAGUGCUGUUGGAAACGAGAAAAGACUCUUUUAGUAUCUGUUCACUUGAAGGUUGAGAACAUGGGAAGGUCCUUCAGGUAGAAGCAGUACAGACAGUAGAAUGAUAUCUAUUCUAUUCUAUUCAAAGAACCUUCUCGUCUUUUUCUCAAUCCCUGUUCACUUUCUCUUUUUUUGGGGGGGUAUUGUUACGGGAGAGCUCAACCCCUUAAUGGAAACACAGGGGGUGAGAGUUCCCAAAGCAAAGACUCCAAACUCGACUUCUACCAAACAACGAAGGAAGGAGCAGAGGGGGAGGAAAAGAAGAGGAUGUCAUAGUGAAAAACAAAAACAAGUUAAAUAUAAACUAGUACAAGAGAAGCUAAGUGACUCACAGUUUCAGAAAUUAAAUGCAUGCUAUUAAAUUACAGCAAAUCUGCUCUUGAGAAACUUAAGUUAAUAAUUAUAAGGGGAAAAAAGCAAAAGCGCUAAAUUUUCAAAUAUUAAUGUUUUCAUGUUUCAUGUAAUUUUCUUAUAUUUUUUGUAUUUAGUUAGUUUAUUUGCCCCUCUUGCUUUCGUGAGACAUACCAAACAAAUGACAUUGAACAAAACUGCUUUUUUAAACGGUUUGGUUGAUUUCUUUAUAAAUAUAUAAAUACAUGUAUGUAUGUAUUUUAUUUUUAAAACUCACACAGCCUUAGUCAUUAAUUUGAUUCUUUUGACUUUUAAUGUGUUGUUCAAGUUGAAAAAUGAAUACUUUAAAGGUGCCAAAACCAUAUGAUCCUAUACUUGGAUGCAUCAAGUCCUGAUGAAUAAAAUACAAACCCUAGGGGGAACAAAUCA